AUGUCGUCUUCAUUGUUCACCACUCACAGAAGACCCGUUAAAUCUUCAAACGACCAGAAAAUAUCAUCCGGACCAGUCCGACCAGCUGUAGAUCAGGCGCCGAAUCCACGGCCAAUCUCUCAGUUCCUCGCAUUCGGGUUCAUCAUCUUUCUUGGCCUCCUACAGUUCCUUCCGGCCACCCAUUUUCGAGACCCAUUGGACCCUUUUAGAAAAUGGGUUCCUUUCAAUUCUAAUGUAUCUACCAUGUUUACUCAAUCUAGGGCCUCCAGUCAUGAAGAUACUGGAUACGCCACAGCACCUGGUAGAGAGAAUGGAAUAGUGCACAUUGUAUCAUGGAUGGACUGUCUGGACCUUCGAAUGCUUGCUGUUCUUGCUAACUCAACUUUAUCAAGCUCAAGGUUCGUUUCACAUCACUGA